UUUUUUCUAUUAUCUCUCCUCUUCCCCUUUUUUGUAAAACAACACAACACAUAUUAUCUCUCCUCUUCCCCUUCUCUGUAAAACAACACAACACAGUAACGAUAAAAAAAACGAAACGCUGUUAACACACCACACCACCAAUCCACCGCGGCACCGUCGUUUGUUGAAACACCACACCAUACCGAAACUCUUCACCGUAGUGAGUGAAACACCGCACUUUAACAAAACGUUGCAUCGAAACACUUCACCGUGACGAAACGGCGAAACGCAAACGCACCACCACUGUUGGGGAACUCAAUUUUACAACGGGACUGCAAUAGACGUUUGCCGGUGAAUACUACGGUCUACGAAAUUGAUCUUCAGCGAACACAUUAAACAUAGUGAGAUAUUCCAGGUUUUUUUUACUAUGCCUCCUAAGAUGCCUCCUAAGAAUAGAAAGUAUGAAUGUGGAAAUGAUAAGCGUAGGAAAAAGAAAAAAAUUGAAGAGUUAGUUAGAUCUCAAGCGGGAGCUCUUGAUAAAUUUUUAACUAAAGAAUCACAAGUUUCAAAUGAAAAUGUUGAUAAUAUUGAAGUUGUGCCUAUUGAAAAUGAUAAUCUUGAUAGUGUGCCUAUUGAAAAUGAUAAUGUUGAUAGUGUGCCUAUUGAAAAUGACAAUCUUGAUAGUAUGCCCAUUGAUGAGGAAAUUAAUAAUGAUAAUGAUAAUCUUGAGGAAGUUAAUAAUGAUCAUAAUGUUGAUUAUGAUAUAUUUGAUCCAAGAAAUUGGGACCGUCUUCAACCUAAACUAAUUGAUUUAUUAGUUAUGAAAGGUCCUAAAAGAGAUAAUUCUAUUUCAAAGGGUCCUAGAGAUAGUUUGAAUAGACGUUUUACGGCUAAUUUGUAUACGAGGGCUUUAGCAAAUGGAGAGAUGUGUGAUAGAGAUUGGCUUGUUUAUUCGAAAGAGCUUGAUAGAUUAUUUUGUUUUUGUUGUAAAGUUUUUAAAAAUGGUAUUGGUAAGGGACAAUUAGCAAAUGAGGGUUAUAGUGAUUGGGUACAUGUUGGUGCAAGAAUUAAAGAGCACGAGUUAGGCAUGGAACAUGUUAAAAAUAUGACUACUUGGUAUGAGUAUCGUCAAAGGCUGCAAACAUUUCAAACUAUUGAUAAAACGACUCAAAGAUUAAUUGAGAAAGAAAAGGUUCAUUGGAAAAAUGUUUUAAAAAGAGUUAUUUCAAUAGUAAAAUUUCUAGCUAAACAUAAUUUGGCCUUUCGUGGUUCUCAAGAGAAAUUGUACGAAGAUAACAACGGAAACUUUUUGGGUUUGAUUGAAAUGUUAGCUGAAUUUGACCCAAUAAUCCAAGAACAUGUUAGACGUGUUACAACUCAAAAAGUUCAUGUUCAUUAUCUUGGGCAUAAAAUACAAAAUGAGUUGAUUUCAUUGCUUGGUUCUGCAAUUAAAAUUGAAAUUAUUAGAAAAAUCAAACAAGCAAAGUAUUUCUCUGUGAUACUUGAUUGUACUCCUGAUGUUAGUCACCAAGAGCAGAUGUCUUUGAUAAUAAGAUAUGUAGAUAUUUCUUCAGCUUCUGUUAGCAUUGAGGAAUCCUUUUUAGGAUUUUUGAAUGUGAAUGAUACAACUGGUCAAGGGCUUUUUGAUGUUUUACAAAAUGAAUUGAAAGAGCUUGGUCUCAACCUAUUUGAUGUGAGAGGACAAGGUUAUGAUAAUGGGUCAAAUAUGAAAGGAAAACAUCAAGGUGUACAAAAGAGAUUUUUAGACAUAAAUCCGAGAGCCUUUUAUACUCCUUGUGGUUGUCAUAGUCUUAAUUUGGCAUUGUGUGAUAUGGCUAACUCUUGUAUUAAAGCUAGGAAUUUUUUUGGAGUUAUUCAACGCAUUUAUACAAUUUUUGCCAAUUCUACUAAGAGGUGGAAAAUUUUAAAAGAUAAUGUAAAAGGGUUGACUCCAAAAUCAUUGUCUUCCACUCGUUGGGAGAGUCGUGUAGAAAGUGUCAAAGCUAUAAGAACUCAAAUGUUAGAUUUUAGAGAAGCUUUACUUGAAGUGUCUGAUAAUGAUCUUGAUCCUAAAAUACAAAAUGAAGCUAAAUCAUUAGCAACAAAUGAGCUUGGUGAUUUUGAGUUUUUGAUAGCUAUAAUUAUUUGGUUUGAAAUAUUAUCUGCAAUUAAUUCUGUUAGCAAGAUUUUACAGGAAAAGGAUAUGCUUAUUGAUGUUGCUAUGGAAAAAAUAAAGGAGUUGAUUAUUGAUUUUACAGGAAAUUGAUAUGCUUAUUGAUUUUGAGGAUUAUAGAGAAACAGGUUUUUAUAAGGCAUUGGUUAAUGCUAAGGAAAUUGCGGUUGAAUUGAAUAUCACCCCUACAUUUCCUCAAAGGCGUAUUAUUAAAAGAAAAAGACAAUUUGAUGAGAAUUUGAAUACCCCAAUAGUUGAGCUAUCUGAAGAGGAAUCUUUCAGGAUUAAUUAUUUUCUUUACCUUGUUGAUCAAGUUGUUGUUUCUCUUAAUAAGAGAUUUGAGCAAUACCAAGAGUAUGAAAGUAUUUUUGGUUUCUUAUUUACUUCUCACAAGUUACAAUCAUUGGAUGAUGCAACUUUGAAGUCUUGUUGUAGUAACUUUGAACGGGUAUUGAAACAUAAUGAACAAUCUGAUAUUGAUGGGAAUGAAUUUUUUGCAGAGUUAAAGUUACUUAGAGAAAUGUUGCCUGAAGAAAUCAUAACACCUAUUGAUAUAUUAUUAUUUUCGAAAGGCUUGGAUUGUUUUCCUAAUACAGUUAUUGCAUAUAGAAUUUUAUUGACUAUUCCUGUGACUGUUGCUUCUGCAGAAAGAAGUUUUUCAAAAUUGAAGUUGUUAAAGACUUACUUGCGGUCUACCAUGUCACAAGAAAGACUUAAUGGAUUGGCAACAAUAGCAGUUGAAAAUGAUAUUUUGGAAACGAUAAAAUAUGAAGACUUGGUUGAUGAAUUUGCUUCAAAAAGUGUUCGUAGGAUGACUCUUUUUAAGUAGCUACAUACUUUAAGUUGUAUGAAAUGAUGUUUAUAGUUUAAACAAUAUUUUGAGCCUUUUGAUACUUCCUUUGAUUAAUAUAUAAUUUUAUUUUUUGUGCAUUAUUUCUAAUUAUUGAAAUUGUAUUUUUCUAAUAUUUAGGCCCAUUUUUGGAAUUAGAACAGGGCCUCCGACUUGAUUGGGCCGGCCCUGUACGUAGACCAAUGAGAGUUAGAGGCAUUAGUAAAGUAAUAUUUGAGAUAACAAAUUUAGGACAUGA